AAGGUCGAAAUCGAGCUAAAACGUUGUGGCCUCCGUGUCGUCUGCUGUUGUCUUUCAUUUGUUUGUUUAUUUUGAUAAUACGUAGUGUCUGGGCACACUUGAUUGAAACUUGUUAUCAAGACGAUUUACACAUAGAUAGUUGUGAUAAAAAGCCAGCCAAGUAACAUCAUUUGUGGCAAAAUCAUUUUAGUAAAGCCUUGUAGCCUUGACAGUAGUGCCUUAAGAUUCAUGAUGGAACCAGAACUAAAAGAAAUUCUGAAAGAUUUCCCUCAUGGGCCUCUUUGCAAAUACAGAAGCAAGGCGUCAUUUAAUUGGAAGGAAAUGUGUUUAUUGGUUCAAGGCAAGGAUGCUUUGAUUUUAAAACAUAAGAUAUGGUCCACCCUCCAGAAAGACCCUCUCUUUGCCCACUCUACUUCCAAACUUACUCUAAAAGAAGCUCGUCACCUUGUCUUUCAACGGGCUCGGAAACUUGCAGAGUAUGAUUUUAUGCCAACAAGGCAUAUGGUGGGAAGACCAGAACUGUUUGACAACUAUGUUAUGGCUGUUGGACAGUAUGAGUGGAGUGUUCUUGUGAAACUCCAAUUGCUCUACAAUUUUGCUAUGUCAGCCCUGUACGGAAUGGGAUCAGAAAGACAUUUUGAUGAUAUCCAAAGACUAAUGAAUAAAGAGAUUGGAGCUUGCUUCUGCCUUACAGAAAUAAGUCAUGGCACAAACACGAAAGCAAUGAGAACGAAAGCGACUUUUGACGUGAAGACCCAAGAGUUUGUUCUUCACACUCCGGACUUUCAGGCAGCUAAAUGUUGGGCAGGCAAUCUAGGUGAAACUGCAACCCAUGCUGUGGUUUUUGCUACGCUGUUCACACCCGAUGGUGAAAAUCAUGGGUUACAUGCCUUUUUUAUCCAAAUUCGCGAUACAAAUACAUUUGAAAAUCUUCCUGGGGUAACGAUCGGUGACAUGGGGGAAAAACUUGGUUUAAAUGGUGUUGACAAUGGGGUGAUGCUUCUCAACCAGUACCGUGUACCACGCGUUGCGUUGCUUAAUCGAACGGGAGACGUGAAUGAAUCUGGCACGUAUAUAUCGCCCUUCAAAGAUAAAAAGAAGCGUCUCGGGGCGUCGUUGGGUACGCUGUCAGCUGGACGCGUUGGCAUCGCAAGCAUGGCAACAGCUAACCUAAUCAAAGCUAUUACUAUAGGAAUUCGCUACUCCGCUGUCCGGCAACAAUUUGGGCCGGAAGACGGUAGCAAUUCAGAGUUACCUGUAAUAGAAUAUCAAUUGCAGCAAUGGCGCUUAUUUCCCUACCUGGGAGCUGCCUAUGUCUUGCUCCAGUUUACCCGUACGUUCCGCAAAGACUUUACUGACAUGCAACGAGCUAUGAUGAACAAAGAAAAUCCAGACCAGCUGGCUGCGGUAGGUGCAGAAAUUCACGCCAUAUCGUCAUCGUCCAAACCUCUGUCAGCCUGGUUGGCUCAAAAUGGAGUUCAGGAAUGUCGAGAGGCCUGCGGAGGUCAUGGAUAUCUAGCGGCUAGUGGACUGGGAAACAUACGCGAGGACAACGAUGCCAAUUGCACCUAUGAAGGUGACAAUAACGUGUUGCUCCAACAGACAGCAAAUUGGCUUUUAAACCUUUGGUCACUGGUCCAGCGUCGCCAGAGUAUCGCUCCUUACACCCCACUCGGUUCUGCUACCUAUCUGGACUCUGCUGAAUCAAUUCUGAAAUCUAAAUGUAAUUUAAAUACUCCGCACCAAUGGUUUGAACCCCAAGCUUUAUUGGAUGCCUACCAGUUCGUCGUUUGCCAUCUACUUCGUUCAACGGCGGCCAGGAUCCAGCAAUUAAUGGGACAAAAGCUCGAUGCUUUUACUGCCAAAAAUCAAGCGCAAGCAUAUUACUAUCGCCCUCUGAGCAUCGCCUAUUGUGAAGCUCUGUUCUUGAUCAGAAUGUUGAGGCUGCUAAACGAUCCAAACAUCCCCGAGCCGUUGAGGGCUGUAUUGAAAUUGCUAACUGCCUUGUUCGGUGCAACAAAUUUGAUGAAAAACAUAUCAGCCCUUACCCAAGGAGGAUAUUUCCAGCCUAACACAAGCGCAGCUCUGGAAGCGGCUAUAGAGCAGUUAUGCGAACGACUGAAACCUGAAGCCGUCGCCCUAGUCGACGCCAUCGCGCCAUCAGACUUUGCUCUUAAUUCUGCACUAGGACAUUCCGACGGCCAAGUUUAUCGCCAUUUAGAAGAAUCUAUGGCAUCCAGUAUGAAGGCGCGUCCUGAUUGGUGGCAGUUGGUUGUUACACCUCCGAUGAAAGCUUCUCAUUUGUGAAGUAGCACAUAUUUUUCAGCAAAUGCCCAACAUAUAUUCAAGCAAAGUGGCAGUCUAUAGCUAUCCUGUUACAAAAAAAAGACACAUUUAUUUUAUAUAGGGAGGAAAAAUGGUUAUUACUAAAAACCAAAUGCAUUGUAAUAAAUAAGGAUUAGGAAUAAACAAGCACGUGCAAAUAAA